AUGUCAGUUGCUAUGGAUAAUCUUGCACUGGUUCACGAAAUAGCCAUUGAUCCUAACUUUUCAGUAUCUGAAGUGCCGUCGAAUCCUAUUCAAGCAGUCAUAAAAGAGAAUAUGCAUCGUGCUUACUGGGAUCUUCUUGCCGAAGACUUGGCCAAAGAUCCUCCGGACUAUAUACAUGCAUUCAAUCUCUUGAUGGAAAUAAAACAGACCAUUUUGGACGAUAUAUUGUCACCUGCACACGUUCGAUUGAGAGCAGAAGUGAACUCCGUUUUAGAUGAAAAUUCGUUGCGCAAUAAAAUGGAGCAAAAUUGCAUGGAUGUUCACGGAAUAGGACGAUUUGUUAUUGACUUGCUUGCUAGGUUGUGUGCUCCCGAGCGAGAUACACUCGUCGAGAAAUUGCGCCAUGAAGAGGGAAUCGUUGAGAUGAUAAAGGGUAUCUUCAACUUGAUGGAUAUCAUGAAGAAUGAUUUGACAAAUUAUGUGCUGUCAACCAAUCGUGCUGCAGUCGAAGAGUACAGCUCGAAGUUCGAAUACAAGGAGUUUCUGAAGUAUUUGGAGAAAUUUCCGGGUGGCUCACUUAUGACUAAAGAAUGGUUGAAGCUGGCUCAUCUUGAAGUUUACCCCUCCACUUCUGAUGAUUCGCAACCUGAGGCAAAGAAAGAAAAACCAGUCACUGAGGAUUCUGAUGACGACAAAGUCGUCAGGACAACCAGCAGAGGUUAUUUGAAGUUAGUGGAAUCUCAGAACCCAGUACCAUUCCCAGAAACUCUGCGUAUAGAUAAGUUGCGAUUGGCAGCGUUAGCUGAGAAAUUUUUGCAGAUGAAUGUUGUCACUAGUGCUGUAUUCAUUACUUGCAAUCUUGCUGGUAAACAGGUCUCUGAAAGUGAAAAUUUCAAAAAGUCUCUGAAGGAUCAGCUCAUUGUGAUCUCUAAUGACAUAGAAGAAAAGAAUCUCCUGGACACCCUGAACGCUAUCAGUGAACAGUGCGUUGCAACUACGCGUAAAUGUGCUAGCUCCUUAAACGUGAACAUCUCUGAUGAUCAUGAAAAAACACUUCGUGAACAAAUCAAGGCGAUAUCUGAUGAUAACAACGCUAUUAGGGCGCUAGUUCGUUCGCGUAUUGCCACAUUUGUUGAAGAAAUACUGCGCUCGCCUUCCGAAGUUCCACACCGUCUUUUACCUGGGCUUUCUGUGAUCCAGAGCGAGCUUUGUGCAUUCACUGCUAGGUUGCUGCGGCUGUGUGUUCAUAACAGAAGGACAUUUUUCGCACUCUAUCGCAGUAUGAUCAAUGAAAUUGAAUCAAAUCUUGUCACCGCUUAA